AACAUCAAAAUGCUGCGCAAUGUAUUGCAAAGAUUCGAAGACCCGAAACGUCCUUUACUAGGUCCAAAUCAUAAAGCACUUACAUUUUGGGGUUUACUCCUUCCUCGGAGUGUCUCUAAGAAAACCUUUUAUCUCGCUAUGCAUGUAUUAGUCACUAUAUUCACGGCUACCGAAUACGUUGAUAUUUGGUUCGUGAAAGACGAUAUGAAUUUGCUCCUAAAUAACGUUAAAAUCACCCUUUUAGCCACCGUAAGUGUAUCGAAGGUGCUCACGUUUUUGUCCUGGCAAAAACAUUGGAAGGGCAUCAUUGAAUACGUUAAUAGGGCAGAUUUGGCCCAAAGGAAUCGGGAUGAUCCAGCCAAGAACGAACUUAUUACGAACUACACGAAAUAUUGUAGGAAAAUCACAUACUUGUAUUGGUCUCUGAUGUAUACUACGGUUAUAAUAGUCAUGGGGCAGCCAGUUUACAAGUACUUCUCAUCUGAAGUAUAUAGAGAAAAUGUUAAGAAUGGUACAGAGAGUUACAUACAAGUUGUAAGCUCAUGGGUUCCCUUUAACAAAAACACCAUAAUGGGAUAUCUAGCUGCGUCUAUUUACCAGAGUUAUGCAGCUAUAUACGGUGGGGGGUGGAUUACGUCGUUUGAUACUAAUUCUAUAGUUAUAAUGGUCUUUUUCAAAGCAGAAUUGGAAAUGUUAAGAAUGGAUUGUGGUAAUAUUUUCGGGCGUGGAGAGAUUGUUGAUGACAAGACAGUCAUGGAAAGAUUGAAGAAUUGCCAUAAGCGACAUGUGGAAUUAAUCGCAAAUGCUGCCUUAUUCGACUCCUGUCUGUCGCCUAUUAUGUUUUUAUACAUGUUUGUCUGUUCGGUAAUGCUGUGCGCUACUGCCUACCAAAUAACGGUAGAAACGAAUCCAAUGCAACAAUUUCUAAUUGCCGAAUACCUCAUAUUUGGUAUAGCUCAACUUUUCAUGUAUUGCUGGCAUAGCAACGAUGUUUUGUAUGCAAGCAAAGACCUCAUGCUUGGUCCCUAUGAAAGUAACUGGUGGUCUCGUCCGGUCAAACAGCAGAAGGUUGUUUGCAUACUAACUUACCAGUUGAGAAAAACUAUAGUUUUUACCGCGGGUCCGUUCAAUGAUUUAACUGUUUCUACGUUUAUUAAUAUCCUGAAAGGCGCUUACAGCUAUUACACUCUACUCAGCUAA